AUGGUCCUUACUCUGGUAAUCCUCCUGGACCGGGCCUUAAAGUUGGCUGCCCCAGAAGCCUGUGGCACUGCGGAGAAGGCGGACAUUUUGUUUCUCAUGGAUGGGUCCUGGAAUACUGGGGAAAACAACUUCGAGUUGAUCAAAGACUUCAUCUACGGUGUCAUCCGGACAUUUGAAAAUGGAGUCGUGGGGAAGGCUGGCAUUCGGCUGGGUGUAAUACACUCUGGAGAUGAACCAAGGACCAGCAUUGACCUGGCAGAUGAUGCCAAUGUGGAGGAAGUUCUGGUUGCCAUCCGGGGUCUGACCUUCAAAGGGAGCAAGGCAGGAACGAACAGCACCCUUUCUUUCGUAGCUGACACUAUGCUUUCUGCAGGAACACUGAGAGAAGAUGCAGCAAAGAUAAUAAUUCUAAUAACAGACAGGGAAUCUUCUGAUUCUGUCGAUGAGCCCGCAGCGUCCCUUAAGGAUGGGGGCGUAACCAUAUUUGCAGUGGGAAUAAAAAACGCGAACAAGAAUGGGCUGAAGAAAAUUGCAUCCGAGCCCUUCGAGGAACACGUGCUCUAUGCUGAAGACGUCCAUCAGCUUGGCAGCCUCCUGAAAAAACUGACCCGAAGGAUUUGCUUCAUUGCUUCGGAGCCUCCCCGGCCUGCCAAGCAAAGGAUGGGGAUUGCGAAGAGAGUUGGGCCUCAAGACCUGAUAAUCAGUGAGCAAAGUUACAAUUCCUUGAGACUCCACUGGACCCCAGCCACUGGGAAAGUGACUGGUUACCACGUCCUCUUGAAUUCAGAUCUUGAGCAGCCUACUCUAGCGAAUCAGCAGAAGAUAAUUUUAGAUGCCAACAAGAACUCGGUGUUGAUAACUGAUCUGAAGCCUAGUACAAAAUAUAUCUUGACUGUCUUGGCCAUCUAUGCCAAUGUUCUUGGAGAGCCAGUGACCAUCAAAGGGAAAACAACCUCUCUACCUCCAGUGACCAAUUUCCGGGUCACAGAAGAAGGGCUGUUUAGUCUCAAGGUGGCUUGGACCCCUCCUUUAGGGAAGCUGAAGGGCUACAAGAUCUACAUUCUAAAAUGUAAGUCAAACAGCCGAAACCUUGCUAGAUCAAAUAGUUCUGCAAAGACCACAGAGGAGAAUCUAAAUAGUGAGAUCUCCUGGCAUGUCCUUGAGAAUCUGCAGGAGGAUCAAGACUAUACAAUCAGCAUUUAUGCUGUCUACGCAGAGGGACCAAGCAAAGCAGUGUCAACAGUUGGCAGAACUUUAAAGCUGUCACCAGUGGGAAGCAUCUUGAUCCAGAAUGAAACCACCCAUACUGUACAAGUUAGAUGGACUCAGGUCCAUGGAGCAACAGGCUACAGACUCACCUGGGAAUCUUCAGAAGGCAAUGUCCAGAACGUGAACCUGGGUGGCUCUUACAACUACUACAGAAUUCAUGGGCUCCAACCUGCUAUGGAAUAUAUUGUGACCCUAAAUCCAGUAUUUGGAGCCAUUGAGGGACCGGCAUUAACAGCAAAGAUGACUACCUUGUCCUCGAGUGCUGUGCGGAUCUUGAAGGCCACAGAUGUUACCAUAAACUCUGUCCUGGUUCUCUGGAAUUCUGUGGCGGGAGCCACUGGGUAUCGAUUAACAUGGGGUCCAACUCCAGAGUUUUUCAGGAGAGACCAACUUCGUCAGAUUAUGCUGAACAGUUCUACCGCAACAUACCAUCUGAGGAACUUGGCUCAUAACACCGAAUAUGUGAUUUCGCUCUAUGUCAUUUUUGGCUUGGUAGAAGGUCCUGGGAUCUCCAUCACUGCAAAGACAUCUCCUCUGGGUUAUGUCUCAAAUUUCAAGGUGACCUCAUAUACAAGCACUUCCAUUUCUCUGGCAUGGAGCACCGUUCCUACGGCUACCAAAUACAAGAUAGUCUGGAAGGCAGUGGGAUCAGGACAAGAGAGAAGCAUUCCUCAGACCCAGCUCCUAGACCGCCGGGUCCUUUCUUCUCGCUUGAAGAAUCUGAAACCAAACACCCAAUAUGCCAUCAGCAUUCGUGCAGUGUUUGGAUCCUUGGAAGGCAAAGGAGUUACCCUCAAUCAAAGCACCGCCUGUAGCACAUUCAGAGCGGACAUUGCCUUUCUGGUGGAUGAGUCCUCAAGCAUUGGUCCAAACAACUUUAUGAAAGUGAAGGAUUUCCUCUUCCACGUGGUCUCUUAUUUCCCCCAGAUUGGGCCUGAAAGUACACAGAUUUCUGUAGUUCAAUACAGUGAAAAACCGAGGACCGAAUUCCACUUGAACACGUAUGCGGACCGGGCCGGAGUCCUGGAUGCUCUCAAGAGGCUUGGCUAUAAUGGCGGGAACACAAAGACUGGUAGAGGGAUUGCCUAUGUGCUGAAAGAAAUAUUUCAGGCCUCCAGGGGAAUGAGGUCUACUGUCCCACACAUCCUGCUCUUGCUAACAGAUGGCCCGUCUCUGGAUGAUGUGCUGCCCCCGGCUAGACUGGCUCACAUUCUAGGAAUCCGGAUGAUUGCUGUGGGCAUUUCAGGAGCCCACGUGGAGGAACUGAAACAGGUCCUACUGCAUCGGAACUUACACCAGCUCUUCCACGUUGACACUUUUGACGAUUUGAGCCAAAUCAUCAAGGAGCUGAUAGAAACCAUUUGUUUGGGAUCCCGACAAGUGGACAUUAUCCCAGAGCACCUGAGGCCUGCCAGCAAAGCCAUGGGGCUACCAGAACAGCUGUUUGAUGACCAGAUGAAGUCACCCAUCGCCAGUUCCCCUUCUACUCACCUGGCAGUGUUGACCACCCAAGGACCUUGUGACCAUAAAUGCUUGCAGAGCUUCACAGGAGAGAACUUGCACAGAGGCUAUGAUCCAUUUGCCUUUGCCACCAAAGGAGAAAAAGGAGAACGGGGACUUCCGGGAAAAGAUGGGAUCCCAGGAUUACCUGGCAGACCUGGACGAGCGGGCCCACCGGGCUCCCCUGGAUUAAGAGGUCUCCCUGGCAUGCAAGGAGAUCAUGGAUCUCCUGGAUUCCCAGGUCCAUCUGGGCCUAAAGGAGACAGAGGAGAACCAGGAUAUGUCCUAGGAGGCAUGGAAGUCAUUCCAGGAAAAAAUGGGCAGCCAGGCCCUCCUGGCCAGAAAGGGCAGCCGGGGGUUCCCGGUGUACCAGGCCCACCAGGCCUGCCUGGCCUAUCUGGACCGCAGGGACCACCUGGAUUGUCAAUCAAGGGUGAACCUGGAGACCCAGGCCUCAGAGGUCCUCGGGGGAAAAGUGGGAUCAAAGGAGAGAAAGGUGGAAGAGGAGAAUCGGGGAAAGCUGGCCUACCUGGUCCAGUAGGACUGGACGGUACUCCUGGAAUUUCUGGGCCAAAAGGUGAAAAGGGUGAGGUUGGGAUCGGACUGAUGGGGAUUCCAGGAUUAAAGGGACCAGAAGGAGACAAGGGAGUUAUGGGACAUCCAGGACUCCAAGGGCCAAAAGGGGAACAAGGAUUUCCAGGGACAGAAGGACCCACUGGCUUAAGGGGUAAAAAAGGGCAAGAUGGUGUCAAAGGAGAAAAGGGAGAGCGUGGAGAAACUGGAGCAAAAGGUUCUCAGGGAAUCACAGGACUUCCAGGCCCCGAGGGACGAAAAGGAGACCAAGGCGUUCAAGGAUUUCCUGGUGCACCAGCCAUGGGGGUGGUGGGACCUUCAGGCAAGAAAGGAGUUCGGGGGGAAAUUGGGCCCGUGGGUCCUCCAGGACCAAAAGGCCACCCAGGGGAACAAGGAGAAAAAGGUGAAAAGGGAAGCCCAGGAUUUGGGAUUCCAGGUCAACUGGGACUGAAAGGGGAACCUGGAGAAAGAGGCAAUGUUGGUUUAUCUGGCAAGCCGGGGCAAAAGGGAGAAAAGGGCCCAAAAGGUGAUCAAGGUGAGAAAGGAGUGCCUGGGGAACCAGGCCUAAGAGGUAAACAUGGAGAAGAAGGAAGAAAAGGGGAGCCUGGAAUCCAGGGUGAGACAGGCAUUCCUGGGAAGAUGGGAGAGAAAGGAACCCGGGGUCCUUUAGGACUCCCAGGACGCCCUGGAGAGCGAGGGAUGAAAGGAGAUGUGGGGCAGCCUGGCAAAGAUGGUGCCACUGGAGACAAAGGAGAUAAGGGCGAAACUGGACUGCCUGGCCCCCCCGGGAUUCCUGGAGAGACCGGUCCUCCUGUGGAAAGUACCAUCUUCAUCAAAGGAGAGAAGGGAGACCCUGGACCAGCUGGCAAAGGGAUGGAUAUCAAGGACCUGGAAAGACUUUUGGAAGCUUAUGGUAUUAAGCUCGCUCUGUUGAAGGAACUGACUGACCUCCUUCUGCAGGGUGGGGUUCAAAGCAUGACUCACCACAUUGCUGAUGCCAAGAAGGGAAAGGAGAAGGGCGGGAAGAAGAAGCAAGGAUCAAAACAACCCACAACCUCUACGGGGAGCAAAGGCAGUGAUGGUGAAGCUGGUCAAAAGGGAGAACCAGGGAUUGGUUUCCGUGGACCUGCUGGCCAGGCUGGACCUCCUGGACGCAAGCUAUGGUUCCUUUCCACUAGGGUGAACCUGGGGCACCAGGGCCUGCUGGAGCGCAAGGCGUCCAGGGUAUUCGUGGUAAUCCUGGGAUACCAGGUUCCCAGGGAGAAAGAGGAUCUCCAGGCCCACCUGGAAUUCCAGGGCAAAAGGGUUUACGUGGGUUGCCAGGAAAGACGGGCUCUGCGGGGCCAGAUGGCGUCAAGCCAAUAUAAGAUGGGCUCCAACCGCUUCAAGACCUUGGAAGACAAGCCAGCCGCGGAGCGCAAGCGCCUGGAUAAGCUUCCUGAUUUCAUUGAAAGGACAAAAACCGUGUUGCGCUACAGCAACACAAUCUCCCAUUUCAUAUGCGGAGAAGCUGGCAUGGCUGGGAAACCAGGAUUCCCAGGUGCAGAAGGACUGCAGGGAUCAAAGGGGGAGCGCGGCGUGCCUGGCACCGACGGGCCCAAGGGAGUUUCGGGGCAGAAAGGAGAAAAG